UUGACAGCACUGAUCAACGUUUGACAAUAAGAGUAAACUCUAAGAGAUUGGUUUAAGGGCGAUUUACUAUUGAUUGUUCGUUCAUUUUAUUUAAAAGUUGAAAUAAUAUAAUAUUCUUAAAAAAAAAAUAUUCACAAAUAGUCGUGUGUGUGCGUGUGCUCGAUGAGCGUCCACACUGUAUAAUGUGGAAAUACACUUUAAUUCCAGUUACGAUUAUUUUAGUGUGUCUGUCAAAAUGUGAGGCACAGUAUGAUGAUAAAAGAUGCAAAUGUAUUUGCCCAAGUCUUUCUUCUGUGAUAAAUACCACACAACCUUCGUUAGACCGAUUAAUUUUUAUCAUUAAUGUCCCACCAUCACAAUGUAAAUGUGAAGAUGUUGUUUUACCAAAAUUAGGAGAUCAAAUAAAGACUAAGGAAGAAAUUUUUUGUCCUAGAUGCGACUGCAAAUAUGAAAAUAGAAAUACAACUAUUAUUAAAAUUGUCGUUAUAAUUGUUAUUUGGGUUAUAUCAUUGUUAGUAAUUUAUAUGUUAUUCUUAAUUUGCUUGGAUCCAUUAUUGAAUAAAAGAAUUCAUAAAAAUACAACUAAUAUUGGCUAUCAUGAACAUAAUAAUGAAGAGGAUGAUGCAUCAGUAGCACCUGGAUCUUCUCACCCGAUGGGAGAAAGGGGAAAUGUUCUAAAUCGUGUAGGGCAUCAACAAGAUAAAUGGAAGAGACAAGUUCGAGAACAGCGACGUAAUAUUUAUGACCGACAUACUAUGCUUAAUUGAAAUGUACAGUUGAUUAUGACAAAAUACUGAAUAUCAUGAAUAAUGUAUUACACAUCUCCAAAUAUAAAUAUGAUAAAUAAGAAAAUCUUUACAAUCUACAGAUUUUUAAUGCAGCAAAUAUAUAAAAGUAUAUAAAAGUUUGCUUAGCGCUGCUAUUAUUUUAAAUAUAUUAUAAAGAUUAUUAUAAGUAUGAUAUUCUUCUAAUAUUUUUAUUUAUUCAUCUUUCUUCCAAUUGAACAAAGAUACUAUAAUAUGUAAUAUAAUAUAUAUGAUUCAUUGUUAAACCAAAAUUUAAGUCAUUAUAAAAACAUAAGCUUCCAAAAAUUUCAUUUUAUUUUUAUUUUUAAAAUGAAAGAAGAUGGAUAUCAAUGUAGAAAGUUAUCUAUGAAUAUCUUAAGAAAUAAACCAAAAUAAAUCAUAAGAUAUGUAUUAAUGAUUUAAAUGGUUUAUAAAUAUAUUUCAAAAUAUAUUUCAUGUAAAAAACAAUAUAACACAUAAUAUUUUUAUUGAAUUUAUAAAUAUACAAAAUAAAUUGCUAUGUUGAAUCUUUAAAUAUUAUAUUUGAAAUUUUAUUUUUAAUAGGAGCAUACAUUGUUAAAACAAGAGCAGCACCUGUCCCUCGAAGAAUAUUUGAAAAUGCUCCCUUGAAGAAAGCUGAUGGUCCUUCAUUAAUUAAUAUUUUCUUCCAACAAUCCAAAGUAUUUUUGUACAUCACUUCUUCUUUACUGAGUCCUGACUGCAUCAUCAUUCUUCUUCUGACUGUAUCUAAAGGGUAUGAUAAAAGUCCUGACAAAGCUGUUACAGUCUGAAAAAUCAUUAAGAGUUAUAUGAAUAAGAAUAGUAUAUAUAUAUAUAUAUAUAUCAUAUAUUAUCAUAUAUUAUCUUUCUAAUUUUUUAAUCACAGUUUAUAAAAUAAAUUAUCUUUUUUAAGACAAUAUAAGAACUUACUUCAGCAAUCAUAAAGUUAACAUAUAUUGGAGUAGCUUUUGGAUCUUUAAACAAAAUUUGAGCUGUGUCAUAAAGUCCAAAAUACGCUGCACGAUACAUAAUAAUUCCUUGGACACUCACACUGAAUCCUCUAUAUAAACCAAACAAGCCAUCCGAUUUAAAAAUUUUUAAUAAACAAUCUUUCAUUCCAGUAAAUUCUCUUUGAGCACCUUUCCCAACAUCUGCAGCUAAUCUAUUAUAUAAUUGUAAAUAAUAAUAUUCAUUUCUACUAAGUUCAUUAUAUGGUUAUAUCUUAUUUAUUAUACCUAGUACGAGCAAAAUCAAGUGGAUAUA